CAGCAGAUCGGUGGUGAAAAAUUCUCUGUUUCAGUGAAAUCUUACAUCUUGCCCGAACCAAGGAGCCUUUGCAAGUUAUUCUGCUUCCACGAAAUGUUUCGUUCAUUCAGGACAGGUCUCCAACGCUUUGGGAGCUUGGAAUUAGAGUCGUACUAUGGCAGUACUUCUACAGCCAGGGGUCUUGCCUCCAAAGCCCCCAGAAUUCCGGGCCUGGCCAUCAACGACAACAUGAUGCUCCAGAAGUCACCCGUUCCUGUCGUCGGCGCAGCGGCCGAGACGUCCCGCCCCCUCGUCCUCCUCCUCAGCUGGUUGGUUGCUAAGGAGAAACAUGUAAACAACUUCUCUCGCAUCUACUUGGAUAGAGGAUGUGACGUCUUGGUGGUAAAAAUGAAACCGAUGCAGAUAUUACUACCCCAGUCGGGCUCACAGGUUGUUGCGCAACGAGUUGUAGAUUUCCUCCAGUUAGAGGACAACCGUGAACGUCCCAUCUUCGUCCACUCAUUCAGCGUAGGCGGAUACCUCUACGCCGAGAUCCUACAGAAGAUGAUGGCCGCAGAGAAAUCCAAGGGCGAAAUGACCGACCGCAUCAUCGGUCAGAUCUACGACAGUGUCGUCGACUUGGACAAGGUCGCGUUCGGCAUCGCCAACGCCCUCUUCUCGCACAAGAUGAUUCAGAAGAGCGUAGAGAAAAGCAUCGAUGGCUACCUUGCCAUGAUGUACAGACCGGCCACCCAGCAUUACGCCAGAGCAUCCCGACUCUUCUACAAUAAUCCAGUCAAAGCGCCCUCGUUGUUCUUCUAUUCGUACGCCGACCCGGUGGGUUGUGCCACAGCGAUAGAGAACUGCGUUCAACAUCUCCGGACCAAGGUGGGCCACGAUAACAUCUACACGAAGUCGUUCCAGAAGUCACGUCAUGUGAGCCACAUGCACAAACAUAAGGAGGAGUAUUUAUGCUCUCUGUUUAGUUUCUUAAAGGAGAUCCCGUACUUUGAUGAUAAAAUUGAUAUUGGUAUAGGCGACCAAAUGCAAAACAAAGCCAUAAAGUCUUAAGUCUUCAAAAACUUUUCGUGCUAAUUUUUGUCCAUCAGGGUAUUUGUUUUUGGUCUGUAAUGCUAAUAGGUAGUCAAUUAACAAAAAGGUUUAUACAUGUAACUUAACGCGAGACGGGGGGGGGGGGCUUUUCCGGAAAAGGGUCAAAUUGAUACUCCCUUUCUAGUUAUCGGGGGGGGGGAGGGCUUCCACCAAGGCCUACGGCCUAUUCUGAAGUAGAGUUGAAUUUAAACUCUGGUUCAAUGUUGUGGUUUAACUAUGGAUAGCCAAUAGUAGCAUAAUUCUCUAACAAGUGUUGGGAAGGAUAGAUAAGUUGGAGUGUCUUCACCAUUAAAAAUCAUGAAAGAGCACAGGCAACACAAUAAAAACAUACAAUGUAAACAAAAUUUUGAUGUUAUUGGCUUCUCAUAAUGGUGACACAGCAUUUACUCCGGGCUUAAUUUGUAGUGUUAGGUUUGCAAUAGGGUUUUAUGUUUGGUUUAGGGUAGGGUAUAGUGUCAAACACAGGGUUGAAGGUGGUCACUCCGAUUAAAGGGGAAUCCAACCAAAAUAAAAACUUGUUUUUAUAAGGAAAAGAAAAAUCAGGCAAGUUGAUAGGUGAA